UGUAUUACCCGGUUUGUCCUCAGCUGCCUCAUUAUCAUGCCUCCUUCCAUUCCUUCUUUACUCACCGUUACUCUCUUGCUCUCAUUCUCUCUCUCUCUCUCCAAACCCGCCGGCCGCCGCCGCCGUGAACUCAUAGUCGAUUACUAUGCUAAGUCAUGUCCUCAGGUGGAGCAGCUAAUCGCUUCACUCACCUCCCAACACUUCAAGGAAGCUCCAGUUUCAGGCCCUGCCACAAUUCGUCUCUUUUUCCAUGACUGCUUCGUCGAUGGUUGUGAUGGCUCAAUAUUGAUAGCAGCAAAGGCGGGAAGCAAGGAGUUGACAGAGAAAGAUGCAGAGGAUAACAAGGAAUUGAGAGGGGAAGGGUUUGAGAUUGUAAGACAGGCAAAGGCUGUGUUGGAGAGUAAGUGCCCUGGGGUUGUGUCUUGUUCAGAUAUUCUCGCCAUUGCAGCUAGAGAUUUUGUCCAUUUGGCUGGAGGGCCUUAUUAUCAAGUCAAGAAAGGAAGAUGGGAUGGAAAGAUAUCAAUAGCAUCAAGGGUUAAAUCCAACCUUCCACAAUCAAAUUCAACAGUUGAUCAAUUGAUCAAGCUCUUCAGUUCCAAAGGUUUAACCAUCAAUGAUCUUGUCGUCCUCUCUGGUGCACAUACAAUUGGUUUUGCACACUGCAAAGAAUUUGUUAACAGACUAUAUGAUUUCCGAGGCACCAAGCAACCGGACCCUGCAAUUGAUCCAAGAUUGCUAAAAGAACUAAGAAUGUCAUGCCCUCGUUUUGGAGGCAGUGCUGAUGUUGUUGCACCAUUUGAUGUCACCACCCCAUUCUUGUUUGACCACGCUUAUUAUGCAAACUUGGGUGCCAAAAUGGGACUUUUGGCAUCAGACCAAGCCUUGUUUUUGGACCCAAGAACCAAGCCUCUGGUUCAGGAGCUUGGGAAAGAUAAGCAGAAGUUCUUUCAAGCUUUUGGUGUUGCUAUGGAGAAAAUGGGUUCAAUAGGAGUAAAGAGAGGAAGGAGACAUGGAGAGAAGAGGAGGGAUUGUAGUCUGCACGUGUGACAACCAUUGUUUAUUAUCUCUUUGACUUGUUAUUUUAAAAAUAUUUCA